UGGACGAGCUUAGUCUUACCGCGAUCAGAAACGAUGGCAGCCGUGCCCAGUUAGCCAGAUUUACGGACCGCUGAGCAGAUGCACUAAUAACUACUUAGUAUUCGGAUUACGCCGCGAGAGUGACGACGGCUUUGAAAAAAAAACCCGUUUUGUGGCACACACAACAAACCAAUAUAACACUCAUUAAGUCCGAAGCAAAAACAAAUAAUCGUUAAAGAUGUCUGACGACGGUUCCAAGGGGAUCUUGAACAAUGGCUUCGAAAUGGAACACAAGGAGCUACAGAUUCUGGGCCCUGAUGAGUUCAAGGACCUGCCUUUCGCAGAUUCUAAAAAUCUAGACAACGAAAAGAGUUACUUGGAAAAUAAUCCAAAAGUGGCGAGAAUUGUGAAGAUCUCGAUUUAUGUACUCUUGCACCUGGUUGUUGUGGGCUACUUUUCCUAUGCCACCUACCACUACCAUGACAUCACAAAUUACGAAUGUGGAUGGUCAGGAAGCACUAAUCCGUUGUGCGGCAUUAAUUUUUGCUCCGGAUAUGGAAUGCUCCUACUUCUGCUGGGCUUCAUUUACUUGGGUCUGUUCUACUACUAUGUAUUCAAGCCCAUGGUGGGCCUCAAACUGCACAAGAACUUCCUGAAGCCCAUGUCCAAAAAGUGGCACGCGUUCAGCAGAACCAGAGUUAUGUCACUGGUCAGCAUCGCCAUACUCCUAGUCCUUUUGGCCAUUUUCGUGUAUUUCGAGACCCGCAACGAACCUCAGAAGCUGAUAUCGCUGGUAGCGCCCUGCAGCUUUAUCCUGUGCGGCUACGUCUUCUCCACGAAGCGCAGUGCGAUCAAGUGGCGCAUCGUGAUCACUGGAAUUACGUGCCAGUUCCUGCUGGGCAUCUUCUGUAUCCGCUGGGAGGUAGGCCGCAAGAUCUUCGAGUGCUUGGGCAACAAAGUGGCCACCUUCCUUGGCUAUGCCACCGAAGGAGCACUCUUUGUCUUCGGUGAAUACCUGGUGGGCGCGGAAGUGUUUGCCUUUGCCAUCCUGCCAGUGAUCUUCUUCUUCAGCUUCUUCAUCUCCAUACUGUACUACAUGGGUGCGAUGCAAUGGGUCGUGAUCAAGCUGGGCUGGAUCCUGCAACAGAUCCUAGGCACCACCGUCUGCGAGAGCGUGACUGCAGCGGCCAACAUAUUUCUGGGCAUGUCUGAGAGUCCGCUGCUCAUCCGGCCGUACAUUAACAAAUUGACCAAGAGCGAGAUCCACAGCAUUAUGGUGUCUGGCUUCGCCACGGUCUCGGGUACCGUGCUGGCCGCCUAUUUGUCAUUCGGAGCGUCAGCCGCUCACUUGAUUACCUCCUCGGUGAUGGCGGCUCCCGCCACGCUGGCCAUUUCCAAGCUUUACAUGCCGGAGACAGAGGAGAGCCAGACCACGUCGAAGUCUAUAGAACUGGAGAAGUCGCAGGAUUCAUCUCUGUUGGAUGCCGCAUCUAGUGGAGCCAGCAAUGCUGUGCCCAUUGUCCUGGGCAUCAUUGCCAACAUAGUGGCCUUUGUGGCCUUCAUCACCUUCCUCAAUGGUGUGGUUAACUGGUUUGGGUAUCUGGUGGGUCUCGAGGACAUCGACUUUGAAUGGAUCUUCUCCAAGCUCUUUAUACCGCUCGUCUGGGCGAUGGGAGUGCCUGCCGAGGACUGUGAUAUCAUCGCCAAGGUAGUGGCCACCAAGACCAUAAUCAAUGAGUUUGUGGCCUACGAGCGUCUGGGUCAAUAUAUUCUGGACAAGCAGAUCACUGCUCGCAGUGCGGGAAUUGCCACAUUUGCCAUCUGCGGCUUCGCCAAUCCUAGUUCCUUGGGCAUCCUCAUUGGAUCCCUCAGUGCCAUGGCUCCACAUCGUCGUUCCACCAUUACACAAGUGGCAUUCAGAGCCUUUAUCGUUGGCAGCAUUGUCUGCUUCGUGUCGGCCAGCUUUGCUGGCAUCCUCCUGCAAGAGGAUGAGGAGCAGGCGACUUAUGCCAGGAUCUUUGAGAAGUUGGGUCGCCGGAAUAGCACCCUGUUACUGACAGGCAGUUUAAAAGCGAGAUAGAAGAAUCAA